UACUUUCUGUACAGUCUUAUGUUUCUAAUCUUAGUUGUAUUGUUCUAAGAAGCAUUUGUCUUUGUCUUGUUUCCACUUGUUUCUUUAAUCGUAUUUAAGGAGUGUCUUAGGGAGAGCUUCACCUCCUUGAAGAUUAAAGCCUAGCAGUCCUGAGCUAUUCCCAGUCCAAAUGUCUGCAAAAUUGAGAGCAUCAUCAACACUCCUUCCACAAAUUUCAGAGGAGCGUGACGGCAUUCUGGUAGUGAAGAUGGAAGAGGAAGAGCAGGCCUGUGAUCUGGACUCCAGCCUCCACUGGAGCAGCUGCUAUAGCCCAGACACCUUCCGCCAGCGGUUUAGGCAGUUCGGCUACCAGGAGUCCCCUGGGCCCCGGGAGGCUCUGAGCCGGCUCCGGCAGCUUUGCCGUCAGUGGCUGAGGCCGGAGGUGCACACCAAGGAGCAGAUCCUGGAGCUGCUGGUGCUGGAGCAGUUCCUGGCCAUCCUGCCAGAGGAGCUGCAGGCCUGGCUGCGAGAUCACCGACCAGAGAAUGGAGAGGAAGCAGUGACUAUGCUGGAGGAGCUGGAGAAAGAGCUUGAUGGGCCGGCUGAGCAGGUUGUCUUUGGACGAAAUGAGGACAUGCCUGCAGAGAAGCUAGCAGCUUGGGAAAUCACUCAGGAGUCACCAAGUAGCCAGCUCAAGCCUGUGAAGAAGCAGCUUCACUCCUUAAGACAAAAGGAUAAAGACACCAGAACUACAAACAUCAAAUCAACUUCGAGGCAAAAGACUUCUUCAGGCGUAGAACUGCAUUCCGAUGUUUCUAACACCCUUCAUAUGCAUACUUCGCAGAGUUUCACAUAUAAAGGAACCUGUGAACAAGGUGGCAGGUUUGAAAGAAGACAGAGAAAUCCGUCUCGAAAAAAACAACAUAAAUGUGAUCAGUGUAGCAAAAUAUUUAGUCAGAGCUCAGCCCUAAUCCUACAUCAGAGAAUCCACAGUGGAGAAAAACCUUAUGUGUGUGAUGUGUGUGCAAAGGCUUUCAGCCGAAGUGCAGUCCUGAUUCAGCAUCGAAGAACCCACACUGGGGAAAAACCCUACAAGUGUCAUGAAUGUGGGAAAGCCUUUAGUCAGAGCUCAAAUCUUUUUAGACAUAAAAAGGGACACGCUAGAGGAAAAAGUCCCAUCAGUAUCCUGAGGGAAUCAAAGCAUUUACUCAGAGCUUUUUCAACAGGGGAGAGGACACAAGGCACAAACACUCAUUUAGUAUAAAUCAGUGGUUUUAAUGGGCUCGUUUCCUUUCAAAGGUCAUAAAAGCCACAGGGGAGACUAUAGACUAUCUUAUGUCAGCAUUGUUUGCUUUUCUGCUUAUCAAUACAUUGUCAAUUCAGAUGGUUGAGAUUCUAAAGCUUAAUUCAGAUUUCCAUCCCGAGGGCAGCUCUUGAAAAGACAGUCUCAGAUAUGUUGUACUAUUUCCAUUAUUAACACAAAUAAUGAAAUAGUAUAUUCCUUUUUAGACAAGUACAUUUUCCCUGUUGAGAAGCAAUGUGUGAGUUACUCAGUAUAAAAAUGGAUAUUCUCUUCCAUUUCAUUACUUGAGCAUUGGAGUUCUGAGACCAAAGAUUAAAGCACUUUUUA